UUACUCUACGCUAAGCUCCAUUUCACCCUUGGCUUCGUUCAUUUCAUAUUUGACGCCUCCCGCUGCACGUUUUGAUUGGAUGCACAGCAUUUUGCGUGCACCAAUCGUAACGCGGAAUACAGCACAGGCCAAAAAUCAUAACAAACAUGGCUGCACCCAUCGACGACUGUCGCGUUUGUGGGGAAAUAUUGACUAAAAAGCAAAGACGGACGGUAUUUGGUGAUACAUUUGGGGUUUUUGACCAGCUGUCACAGGUACUAAGCUAUGUCGCUAAACCAAACGACGGUUUAUCGAGAUUUGUAUGCGGGUUUUGCUUCAAUAAGUUGAAUAAACUGCACAAAAUCGAUUACGAUCUAAUGCACAAGCUGGAUGCUUUGAGAUCGGAAAAAAUAACUAUCAUCUCGGCUUUGAAGGAAAAACUUAAAAAUGCCAGGCAAAUACAAAAACCACCUGUAACACCAGUACGCAGUCACAAAAAACGAGUUAUGUUACAUUCGCCAACACCAAGAAAAACAAAAAAAGCGUUGUUUAAGACCCCUACUAAGACACGCACGACACCUGACAUGACUUCCAUAAGUACUAGUGAUACUCCCAAGCAAAUGGUCAUGGUCCAUGCAUCGGGUUCGACGGCAAUAGCAGACAAUAUGCCUGAGUCAAGAGUGAAGUUAAAGACAUCAUUUUCUCCAAACAAAAUGAAGGUCAUGUUUAGAACAAAAAAAGACUCAAAGAUAAGAGCAAAAGUGGUCCAGGAUGGAAAGUCAAAGCAAAUUAUCAAAAAUAUAGCAAUGCAUAAUUCAAAGGACAGAACUGCUAAAAUCAUAAUGGAGUCUACAUUGAAGGAAGCUGUUACCAAAAGAGUCUUGAAAGAGAUAAGAAAUGAAAUAACCAAAUUAACAUCGACCCUGAACAUGUCAGUGCUAAGAAGAAAUGAUAGCAAAAGUUUAGGAACAUUCAAAUUUGCAAAUCUUAAUACAGAAAUCAAGAUUUGGGCACCCUUUUUUCAUGAAUGUAUCUCAACGAUUGUGAAAGACUCUGCCAUUGGAACAGCUGUUGUCUCUGCGAUUUCAUUGAAGUUUCAUAAUAAACACAUGACUGCUUUUCAACAUGUUAUCAGCCAAAUUUUGGACCAUAGUGGAGCUACUGAUGAGACCAUUUCUAUUCUCAACAAACUUGGAAUGUGUGUGUCUACAUCUGCAAUGACCAGAACAAAGAAGGAACUGGUGGAGAGACAGUUAGUCCAUACCAAGGCGUUGAUGAUGGAGGAGAAGGAAGAACUUGAAGCUCCCUCAGUUCAUUUAUCAAAGAUUCUACAAGAUAAAGUCAGCGACAGACCAGGGUACUCUAGCAAAUUUGAGAAACAUCAUUGGACGCAUAGAUAUCCAGGGUCCUGAUCAGGUGAUUGAAAAAUACAGGUAAAAAUUUAUAUUAAGUA